GUCUUGAAGCAGCGCGUUUGAUUGUUGCAUUGCUCAAUGGCGGACAGAACAGCAUAGUGGUGAUAACAAGGACAAUAACGGCUCUUCCUUGUGGAUUCUUGCUAGGAGUUCAUCCACCGACUUCAAACGAGGCUUUUUUUUUUUUUUGCGUUGGAUUUAAAAAAAAAUCGGAGCAAUUAUAUUCCCCUCGUCUCUCGGUUUUCGAGCUUUGCUGAGUUCUUAUCUGAAGAGGAGAAGUUACCCCCUUCAUGGUGGCUUACUGACGGUAGUUAGCUUAUGAGCAAACCAUGGGGGACUCUCUUGAAUUGAUAGGGAAAAGACUGCUGUUGCUCCUCGGCGACGGAAGAUCCGCUGACGGACCUGAGCCGGAGCGAGCUGUCUGGGCCCACGACUGGCUCCGCGGGACUGUGCGGGCAGUGAGCGUCAUCGGCCUGGCUGCCCCCGAGGUGAUCGGCGGAGAGGCGUCAACAACAGCCGCUGCUGCGGGGUUGACGGUAUAUGUGGAGUUUGAGAAUACUUCGCAGCAGUGUUCCUGGGUGCAGGUGUACGGGGACGGUGUGAGGGCUGUGUUGGUGGAAGACUCUGUUGUUUGGGCCACACGGAGUGAGAACACUGGGACUGCUGGAGUCCCGCCAUCAGCCACAGUCUGGCCUGCUCUGGUCUUCCGGUCCUUGGUGGACAGAGUGGGUUUAGGAGCUGUAGUUCCAGUGGAGUAUUUUGGAAUCAAGAAUUUUGAAUUCCUCCCUGAUAACAAAGCUAUCAAGAGGUUUGAGUUUGAUAAAGACAUAAGACACCCUCUGCUGCUGGAGCAGCCCUCUCUACAGGCUGCCAUCUCCAGCUGGCGAAGUGACUUUGAGCUGCAGGAGAUCUUCAGGAAGGGGUCCUAUACUAUUCAAGGACGCAGGGUUCGUGUAUACCAGCCAGAGUUUGAGGAGUGCUGGUCUUCAGGAAUGGUCUGUCAGCAUGACCCUGUCUCACACAUCAUGGAAAUCACCAUGGAUAAGGGAUGUGAAAAUCAGAUGGUAGAUCCACGUGUGAUGCAUGUCAUGCUAGUAGAGGAAGAGCUUGGUAAGAAUGGGCGACGGAGAAAGGACAGUGAAACAGUGAAGGCAGAUAGUAGCCGCAGACGUAGGACAGCCUCCGAAGGUGAGGAUGAUAUGAACUUGAAACGUUUUAAAGCAGCAGGAGAUAUGGCAGUUGAUAGGCAAAAUUGUGGAAACUUCAACAAAGCCAUAGUGGAAAGAAUGGUAUGGGGAGGAGAGUCAAGUGGAGGUGAAAGAGUGAAUACCACCACCAAAAGUGGCAGCCCUUCUGAAGCAGCCUUUCCUCAGGGUGUAGUAUCAUCUCCGAACACCAGUUCCUCACUCCAGAUGGACCAGUCGAGUGCAGCUACUCGCUGUCCUGUCCAUAUCAACGAAAAUGGUCGAUCACUCUCUGCACAAGGGGCGGUAGACUGUGUUAUUCCUGGUACUCAUGCUCCUACUCCUCCUCCUCUCAAACCAGCACCCUCUGCCAUCUCCAGCACAUCUUUUCCCUCACUAGGGCAGAUGCCAAGCUUGGUUCCUGGAGCUCCAUCCCCCAAGGUCUCACUAUCCUCACAGACAGAGAGAGAGGAGACGUCUCAGUCAGCUUAUCCCAAAACGACUGCUCUUGUUUCACCGGGUCCUGUCACAAUUUCUUGGUCUUCACAUGACAGCAGCCCUAAUGUGGCCCUUUCUGCAUCUGUGGGUUUCACUUCCAACACAACCACCUGGAGGAACCAGACUGAGGGUUCUAAGACUCCAUUGGACUUUUGUGGGUCUCAGGCUACGCCAGCUGUGGUUCCACUAUUUGGAGAUGUCACCUCCCAGACCAACGGCGUCCUCACCUCGACCACAGCUUCCAAUGAUGCUCCCAGGCCCUUUGGCUUCGGCUUUGGAGUAUCAAAGAAUGAUGUCCAGUCCCAGCAGGACAAAAACUUGUUUUUUCAAUGCAUGACACAAAAUUCCAGCCCCAAUCCAUGUACAUCUACUUGCCAGGCCCAAACUGAGGGCAACAAUUAUUUUGCUGCAUUGUCAGAUGGCCUAAGCAAGGAGCCUCCAAGACUCUUCAAGUCUACAAUGGCCAUUGAAGGGCAGAAAACACUUAUGGAUAUUCCAGCCUCAACUGGGUUAUUUGGCUCAGGUCCUGUAUCUCGCGUACCACAAAAAGAGCAACUCAAAGUGCCUGAGACCCAUGCAACAGGAAAUGGUGUACUCAACAAAUCCUCAUUAGCCUUCCAGGGUAUUGUUGGUUCUGCUGGGUCUUGCCUGGAUACUCGUGGUGUAGCUGCAGUGUCUGGAGCCCAAGGUCCUGCUAAGAAAAGCAGCAAUAAUGGAACUAAUGUAGGUGGUUUAGGAUUGAAUUCUGGAUGUGCAUCUUCAGACAGCCACCAGAACAUUUUCCUCCAGGCAUCCCAAGAGCCAGCAAAUCCAUUUUUGGGAUAUGGGGACAAGCCACCCCACACCUCCUUUGGUAGCUCCUCUGCAACUGAGCCACAAACCUUGAGUCCUGCCUCAGAAGGCAAACAAAAUCUGUUUGCCAUGACAGAGCCCCCAAAGGGAAUUCUAUCUUCCCCUUUCACAGCAGUGUCAACAGUGGCUUCCCUCAGCUCUUUAUCCUCUCCAGCACAUCAAAAUGAAGGGUCUGUAACAAAGGAGGAACAACAAUUUGGGGAGCAACCUACAUCCACCUCAGUGUGCACCAUGUUUGGAAACUCUGCAAUGGAGGACGGUCCUAUGAACUUUGAUCAACGUCAGAAUCAGAAGUUUUCCCUGGAAGAAAGAAGCCAGUCAGGCAGAAAAGACUCUGAUUCAAGCAGCAACAGUGACCUGUCAGACCUGAGUGAAAAUGAAGAUGACCUGGAUAAAGACCAAGCCUUUGGAGGACCACGACUCACCUCCAAGGAUGCGGCCAUGUUGCAAAAAGCGAAAGCCGCAGGGGCUGCAAAAGGUCGCCCACGUAACAAACCUUUUAAAGUGGGCCAGUCUGUGCUAAAAGACCAGACAAAGGUGCGCCGGCUGAAGCAGUCCGGUGAGUCGUUCCUCCAGGAUGGUUCCUGCAUCAAUGUGGCUCCUCAUUUGCUCAAGUGUCGUGAGUGCCGUCUGGAACGUUACCGGAAACGGGUUACUGAUGGUGACAGUGAUGAUGAUGAUGACCCCAAUGUGGCCUGUCGCUUCUUCCACUUUCGCAGGCUGGCCUUUACCCGUAAAGGAAUAUUGCGUGUGGAAGGAUUCCUUAGCCCCCAGCAGAGCGAUUCCAUGGCCAUGGGUCUAUGGCUACCUACACCAAAUAUCCAGGAGGGUCUUGACCUUGAUACAUCAAAAUACAUUCUGGCCAACGUGGGUGACCAGUUCUGUCAGUUAGUCAUGUCUGAGAAGGAGGCCAUGAUGAUGGUGGAACCUCACCAGAAAGUGGCGUGGAAACGUGCUGUGCGAGGUAUCAGGGAAAUGUGUGAUGUCUGUGAGACCACUCUAUUCAAUAUCCAUUGGGUGUGUCGCAAGUGUGGUUUUGGAGUGUGUCUGGACUGCUAUCGACUGCGCAGGAACAGGCCAAGGGAGGAUGUAGAAACAGUUCCAGAUGAUGAGGUUUUCCCUUGGUUGAAGUGUGCCAAAGGUCAACCACAUGAACCACAGAACCUCAUGCCUACACAGAUUAUACCUGGGACAGCUCUAUACAGCAUAGGUGACAUGGUGCAUGCAGCAAGAGGAAAGUGGGGCAUUAAAGCUAAUUGCCCCUGUACUAGUCGGCACACCAAGCCCUUAGUACGCCCAAGUGCCCCGAAUGGGAUCUCACAAUCCACACCAAGCAGUGGUAAUGGCCUUGGACCUGGAGCUGCUCCUGCAACUUCAAAACCAGAGGGAGAAUCACCAGUUGUAAAACCUGAGGCUACACCGACAGUGGGGUCAUCAGAUAGUGGGGUCGGUGAAGGUGUAAGCAGUAUGACUAACUCCACCAGUGGUACAUCAUCCCCAUGUAACCUUACCCAGUCCUCUGCCAAGGAGUCACGUUCUUCAGGGGAGGGCACCAGCUCUGCUUUGCACUGGCUAGCAGACUUGGCAACACAAAAAGCCAAGGAUGACACCAAGGAAUCUGGUUUGCUGCGCUCUGUGAUGAACCGUGACAGCCGACCUUCCUUUGGUCUGGACUCACUCAGUGCCCUGUCAAAGCCUUCUGCUUCCAGCCCUAAGCUAUUUAACAGCCUGCUACUGGGCUCCACCAUGGCCCAGUCAAAACCAGAGGGAUCUAGUUUGCGGGACCUGCUAAACUCCGGACCAGGCAAGCUUCCCCAGGGUCCUGGAGAAAGUGGAGUUCCAUUCCCUUCUGUCUUUACCUCAGCAGGAAGUGAUAAGGUGAAGAGCAGUCUUCCAAACUUCCUGGAUCACAUUAUAGCCUCAGUGGUGGAGACCAAGAAAGCCGAGAGCCGUCGGCCAGGGUCCUCUGAAGCUGGUGAACUUAGUGUUUUGGGAGCUCGCAGAGAUGGAGUGAUGGGCCUGAGUGUUCUGGAACCACAUACUUCACACUCAUGGCUCUGUGAUGGACGACUUCUUUGCCUUCAGGAUCCCAGCAACACCAACAACUGGAAGAUCUUCAGAGAAUGUUGGAAACAGGGCCAACCUGUGUUAGUAUCAGGGGUACAUAAGCGACUGAAGAGUAACUUGUGGCUUCCUGAGGCCUUAAGUGAAGAGUUUGGAAACCAGGACGUAGACCUGGUCAACUGCAGAAAUUGUGCCAUUAUCUCUGACGUGAAGGUACGAGACUUCUGGGACGGCUUCCAGGUCAUUUCCAAGCGACUUCAAGAUGCCGAAGGUCAGCCCAUGGUGUUGAAAUUAAAGGAUUGGCCUCCAGGAGAAGACUUCAGGGAUAUGAUGCCCACAAGGUUUGACGACUUAAUGGAAAACCUCCCCUUGCCAGAGUACACAAAGCGAGAUGGUCGUCUAAACCUCGCUUCCCGUCUGCCCAAUUUUUUUGUGCGUCCUGACCUCGGACCCAAGAUGUACAAUGCCUAUGGGUUGAUUUCCACUGAGGACAGGAAAGUAGGCACCACCAACCUUCAUCUUGAUGUGUCUGAUGCUGUCAAUGUGAUGGUCUAUGUUGGCAUCCCUGUUGGAGAAGGAGACCAUGAAGAACAGCCAGAGAUCUGCGGACGCAAAGAGGUCAUGACCACCAUCGAGGAAGGUGAUGUGGAUCAAAUGACAAAGAGACGAGUGUAUGAGGGAAAGGAGAAGCCUGGAGCACUUUGGCACAUUUAUGCUGCCAAAGAUGCUGAGAAGAUCAGAGAGCUUCUUCGCAAGGUGGGAGAGGAGCAGGGCCAGGAGAAUCCUCCAGACCAUGACCCCAUUCAUGACCAGAGCUGGUACCUGGAUCAGGUGCUCCGGCGCAGGCUGUAUGAGGAGUAUGGUGUUCAGGGCUGGUCCAUUUUACAGUUCUUGGGAGAUUCUGUCUUUAUCCCAGCAGGAGCUCCUCACCAGGUUCACAACCUGUACAGUUGUAUCAAGGUGGCAGAGGACUUUGUUUCUCCUGAACAUGUGAGGCACUGUUUUAGGCUAACACAGGAGUUCAGACAUCUGUCCACUACUCACACAAACCACGAAGACAAGUUACAGGUUAAGAACAUCAUCUAUCAUGCAGUGAAGGACGCUGUUGGAACUCUGAGGGCUCACGAACCGAAAUUGGCACGCCCUUAAUCCCUCACUUAAAAACUGUCUCCAGAUGACCCGCAUCACAAGACCACUUCUCUACGUGCACACACACAUUGGAUACCAACACAGACCUGUACAAUCUGCAGUGUACUAAAAUAAGAGUAUCGGGUUUUGGGGCAGUGAAAAUCUGAUGUUGGGGAAAGAACAUUUGAGGUUGGGAUUAUAUGGGGAGAGGCUAAUCAGCGCUUCGAUGAAGAAAUUCCUUUAUCGCUGUGUAACAGUAUGCUGAAACUUGUUUUUUUUAUUAUUAUUAACUCUAUAUUUAAGGUCAGUGUGUUUGUUCUGUUUUCAUUGUAUAUGUAAGAUGUGAGGGUAAGGGAAGUAAAAGCUGACGUGCCUUUGGAGCAGAUGUUCAGCUUCCAUAUAAGCGACUGACAAAAUGUGAGUACUCGCUAACUUUAUUAUUUUGAUGACCGUAAUUUUUUUCUUCAGUAGAGUUUCACCUGUUUUUGUAGAUCUUUUGUUACUGCAGAUUUUAAACAGUCAUUUGCUUGCUGUCUGUGGCUAAAAUGAAUUUGUGAUGCAGCCAGUGGAUGGCGGCAGACCAAAGUUUUGUAAUUUUAGUUUUCUUAUUUCAGUUUUAGAGUAAGAAGUCUUCUUUUUCUACACCAGAUGGUUCAGAGUGGGAGGGCUUCUUUUGUCACCUGUCUUUGUCCCAUGGGCUAAAUGACCUGCAGAUUUUCAACUUUGUUAAAGAAUCACAAUUGCAGCUGAAUGGAACUACUGGCCAUUAACGUUGUAUCAAUAUAUAUAUUGAUCUUAGCAGUCUGUUUUGAUUUUUCACAAUAAAGUGUACAAAAA